AUGGCCCGGAUGAAGCUCAGGAAGCUGGAGGAGUACCUGCAGGGCGUUGAUGGCUUCGAACAGCCCAAGAUCUUGCUGGAGCAAUAUCCCACUCCUCCGCACAUAGCCGCCUGCAUGGCCCAUCAUAUGCAAUCGCAGCACGGAGAUAUCGAGGGAAAACUGGUUGGAGAUCUGGGAUGUGGAUGCGGAAUGCUCAGCAUUGCCUCCACUCUCCUAGGCGCCCAACUCACGGUGGGCUUUGAACUAGACGGCGAUGCGGUGGACACAUUCAGAUGUAACGUCGUGGAGAUGGAGCUGCCCAAUGUCGAUUGUGUCCGGGCGGAUGUCCUGCAGUUGGCGAACAGCAAGUGGGAAAAGUCGUUCGACACGGUGCUGAUGAACCCGCCAUUCGGGACAAAACACAAUGCUGGCCUGGACAUGCGAUUCCUGGAGGUGGCUCUCCGGUUGGCUAACAGCGCAGUUUACUCCCUGCACAAGACAUCCACAAGGUCCUACAUACAGAAAAAGGCUCAAGAAUAUGGUGCGCGAGGCUCUGUGAUCGCCGAACUUCGCUACAACAUCGACGCAAGCUACAAGUUCCACAAACACAAGUCGAAAGAUAUCGAAGUUGAUUUCUGGCGCUUCGACAUCAGCAAGGAAUAGAAAUAACUAACUUGGUUGCAUUUCAUUUUGGACUUCAUUUAUAUAUUUUAAAUUGUAGCAAAUAGGAAGACAUUAAAAUUGAUCAUAUAUGUUUUCUA